AUGGUGCCGUCUGAACCCCAGCAGGAGCUUCCGGUCAAGCAGGUAUUAGGGGACGCCGUCAGCACACCAACCACAAAUGUGGAGGGGUCCCCAACCGUAACUGCCGGUAUGCCUGCGCAGCGUCUAAGACCUGCUGCACGUCGCGCCAUGGGUCACCGCCGGUCGGUUAGUGUAUUUUACGAAGUGUCGGCGCAAUCUGCAGCAUCCCCCACGUGCUCUACGCGGGGCACAUCCACGUUGAAUGCACACUUCCUUAACUUGCCUGAGAUGCUGCAAACUGUGUUGAAUGCACCAGCGGACAAGAUUCUACCUAGAGGGUGGCUCCGGCUCCUGGAUAGGGUAUUGGGCCAUGGUUCGUUUGGGGAAGUAGUGUAUGGAGAGUUGGCACGUAAUGUUAGCGCAGUGGAAUGCCACGUAGAUCCGGUAUUAGGACUUCCCCGAGUCGCGCCCCCGUGUCGCAGCUCCGGAGCUGCAACAGGGGGCCCUGCGGACGAUAUUAGCAUAAGCCCCACAGAGCCGCCACGAAACUUUGGGAGCGCUGCUGCUCGUAGUGAUUCGAUCUCUGCUGUUGCUGAUGUAGCCGCUGGGGACUGUCGUAGCAAGCAUGGUAGCGCCAACACAGAGAAUGGCUGCUCUUUCUCUGAUAUGGCUGAGGGCACCGCUGCUGGGGAUGGUGUUAAGUGCGGCCGAAGUACACUAAACCGUGACUCGGACGGGGGCAUGUGUGACUUAGAGGAUGCCUUUUUGGCGUCAACAUCUUGCGUGAGCACCCAAUCGUCAAGUCAUUCCUGUAUAUCGACUACUGUAGCCGACUCCCCACAGCCAUGUCGCGACCAAUUUGUCUCUAGUAGGACUGACACUUCUCGGUUGGGGGAUUUGGAAGCCACAACAGAACCAUCAACCCAAAAAGAGUUGUCAACAGUGGUGGCGGUGAAACGAGUAGACAAAGGUCGUUUGUCAAAGCGUCAGCAGUUUGUAGUUGCCUUCCACUCGGAGGUCCAUCUCAGUUGUACCCUUCAACACCCUUCUCUAGUUUUUGUGCAUGGAGUAGCGGAGGAUGAGACGGAACUCUAUCUUGUUAUGGAAGUUGCUGAAGGGGGUACACUUCAGGAGUAUGCCAAAGAAGCAUCGGCGGAGGAUCUACAACUUACUGUCCCUCGCAUGAUAGCUGAAAUUGUUCUGGCGUUAGAGUACCUACGACAACAUGGCGUCGCACACCGUGAUAUUAAACCGUGUAAUAUUUUGCUUACUAAAGACCACCACGUAAAGCUGGCUGAUUUUGGUUCGGCUUGCAAAAUUGAUGACCCCGCAGCGAACACAUUCGGGGGCACCGUCGCCUACAUGGCUCCAGAGGUGGUGAAGACAGGAAAAGCGACAUCGACGAGCGACUUAUGGUCCCUCGGCUGCGUUGUGUUCGAACUCUUCGCAGGUCAAACACCGAUCCAGGGGAAAACUCAUGUGCUCAUGAUGUCGGCGAUAAAGGAGUAUCAGAAUGGCAGCAUCGCCUUCCCCGAAACCUUCCCAACAGAUGCUCAGAAUCUUGUGCAACUUCUUCUUAGGUGUGAACCAUGCGAUCGUCUGGGUUCUGACGAAACAGGGGGUUUUGAAUCCUUAAAGAAGCACGAUUUUUUUGCCAACGUCGACUGGGCCCAGUAUAAUUGUUUGUCGAAGCCGGGGCCUUGA